CCUCUGUUCCGAGUGUGUCGUUGUUGUUGUCGGUGACGCGGCGGAGGUGUAGCCUGACGCGGUCUCUUACGUGUCGGCCCGAAUAAAAGUGGAGCUCCGAGGGCUUGGGAGUGACGGAAGGAGUGUGUAUCGAUAACUCAAUGACCAUGGAGGCGGGAGCGGAGGCCCAGCAGGGUGCAGAAACGGCUGUGGCUGAAACUGAGACCCAGCAGAUCACGCAGGCCCAGAUCGCCACCCUCACCCAGGUGACUGUUGGGGCAGGACACAACACCACCACCCCCACCGUCACCCUGGUGCAGCUGCCGAAUGGGCAGACAGUGCAGGUGCAUGGAGUGAUCCAGGCAGCGCAGCCCUCUGUUAUCCAGUCCCCACAGGUGCAGGCGGUCCAGAUCUCGACAGUGGCGGAGAGCGAGGACUCGCAGGAGUCUGUAGACAGCGUGACCGACUCUCAGAAACGCAGAGAGAUCCUCUCCAGACGCCCUUCUUACAGGAAGAUCCUGAACGACUUGUCAUCAGAUGCGCCAGGAGUGCCAAGAAUCGAAGAGGAGAAAUCUGAGGAAGACGCCGCGCCUGCCAUCACUACAGUUACUGUGCCAACCCCUAUUUAUCAGACCAGCAGUGGCCAGUACAUUGCUAUCACACAGGGCGGAGCCAUCCAGCUAGCCAAUAACGGCACAGACGGUGUGCAAGGGCUGCAAACUCUGACCAUGACGAACGCGGCGGCUGCACAACCGGGCACUACUAUCCUGCAGUAUGCCCAGACAAGCGACGGGCAGCAGAUCCUGGUGCCAAGCAACCAAGUGGUGGUGCAAGCUGCGUCGGGAGAUGUUCAGGCGUAUCAGAUCCGCACAGCAGCAGCGAGUACCAUCGGCCCUGGAGUGGUCAUGGCCUCAUCGCCUGCUCUGCCCAGCCAAGGAGGUGCUGAGGAAGCCACGCGCAAACGAGAAGUGCGCCUCAUGAAGAACAGGGAGGCGGCCCGAGAGUGUCGUCGGAAGAAAAAGGAAUACGUGAAGUGUCUGGAGAACCGCGUAGCUGUUUUGGAGAACCAGAACAAAACUCUCAUUGAGGAACUGAAAGCUCUCAAAGACCUGUACUGCCAUAAAUCCGAGUAACGUCCUCAUCCAUGAUUGUCCUCGUGGACUUCAGUGUACAUGUACAGAGACCGUGUGUGAGCUCGCCCUGGAAGGAACGCAUGUUUUCUAAAUAUACAUUAAAAAAAAAAAAAAAAGGGCUUCAGACUGCCUGGAAAUUCCCAUGAACACACAGGGGUGUCAACCCCAUGGCCAAACUGUCUGCACCAACGGAUCACGUCUUUACAAAUAAAUCGGAUGAAGCCGUUCGAGGACUUGAAUAAUUCCCCGACUCUUUUCUCUUGUGAAGCUCCCUGGGUCGGUUGGAAAACCCAUAAAUCAUUAACGUUGAUGUGUUAGUUUGGAAACACCUAAAUGACAGAGUUCGGGAAGAUUUUAACAAAUCUGAAUAUAUUGUAGGAGGUGCAAGCAACUCAGCUAUGCGAUUUAAAUAGAUCUAAACAUCUCUGGACGUUGAGGGUCAGUUAGGAAUGUAUACGUUGCAAUGAGAAACAUUUUUCUUCAAGCAUCAGAUUUUGAGCUAUAUUUGUCUGACUGUUACUAAUAUUUGGUGUUAAAUGUUUGAGUUAUUGUUUUUUUUUGCUUACCUACACACAUUUCUACUGUAAAAUAUUGUUACAUUUACUUUCGAUGCCUUAUAAAAUAACUGUAUGAAAACAGAUCAAGAGAAUUUAAGGCAUUUAUAAAUGAAAUUAUUUGUAUUGUCUAUAGGAAACUAUUCCAGUCCUGUACAUUCCGAGUUUAGUCGCUAACUGAAUUUUGUUUCAGAAAGAAGUCUUGCUUCUAUCCGAUAGCGAUCCACUGCACCGGAUCCGGCUUCUCCCCUUCUUUUGGAUAUUAAACUUGUUCGAAAUCAAGUUAUUUUGCAUUCCCAGUACCCUUCAGGAUAAGCAAACACAUUCCUCAGUGUCAAAUUUUCUAGAAUUGAAGCAACUUUGCCUCUCGGAUUCAAACCAUAUUUGCUAAUAUUGCUGCAAGUGCUGGUGCAUCCGAGGGCGGACCAUGAAGAGGCGACAGAAGAGGGAGAAUGGUGACGUGUUUAAUAUGUGCAGGGUGGAAAUAGCUACCGUAGGUUUGUCAGUGUGUGGUGACGGUGUAGAGGAUCCAGGUGUGUUUGCUGAAAUCAAGGCGAAACGGACGCUGAUGUACAGAUCUGUUCUACCCAAGCACAAAGUGUUACAAUGGGUUUAAUUCGGGCAUUUGUUUUGCAUAAACAGUGAAUAGAUACGAUGAAAUAUUAUACAGGUUUUUAAAUGUCAUGGACUUGCAUUCUUCUGCCAUUUUUUUUUUAUUUUAAUACACACAGAUAUGUUAACUUUUGCUUCAGCAGUUGAAUUAAUGAAUAGCAUACUGUAUAACAAGUAUUAUCUGUCAUUACAGCAUGUUUAAACUUGUUUAGUAUAUCAUUUUUUUAACUUUGAUAUUUUUGCAUUAUGUCACAAUGGAUAUGGAUUUGAUGUCGUUGUGUUUGAGGCAUCAACACAUAAAUAGAGGGUACAAAUAUAUGUUGUUAGUCUAUCAUGACUGUUGCAUUUUUGGCAGCUAUUUCAUAUAAAACAAGUGUGUGGAAACCA